CGGAGCGAUCCGGGCGGGCUGUGAGGAGGUUUAUGAGGCACUGCUGGCGGCCAGGCAGGGCUCAGUGUGAGGCGAGCUGUAGAGCGGUCGGGUUGCUCGUGUGCUCUGUACAGCCGUUAGGUUCUACCACACCCCACAGCCAGGCCGAGCCACCAUGGCUGAUCAACUGACAGAAGAGCAGAUUGCAGAAUUCAAAGAAGCUUUUUCACUAUUUGAUAAGGAUGGUGAUGGUACUAUAACCACAAAGGAGUUGGGGACAGUGAUGAGAUCGCUUGGUCAAAACCCCACAGAAGCAGAGCUACAGGAUAUGAUCAAUGAAGUAGAUGCUGAUGGCAAUGGCACAAUUGACUUUCCAGAGUUUCUGACAAUGAUGGCAAGAAAAAUGAAAGAUACAGAUAGUGAAGAAGAAAUUAGAGAAGCGUUCCGUGUGUUUGACAAGGAUGGUAAUGGUUACAUUAGUGCUGCAGAACUCCGUCAUGUGAUGACAAAUCUUGGGGAGAAGCUAACAGAUGAAGAAGUUGAUGAAAUGAUUAGGGAAGCAGACAUUGAUGGUGAUGGUCAAGUAAACUAUGAAGAGUUUGUACAAAUGAUGACAGCGAAGUGAAGACGUUGUACAGAAUGUGUUAAAUUUCUUGUACAAAAUUGUUUAUUUGCCUUUUCUCUGUUUGUAACUUAUCUGUAAAAGGUUUUUCCCUUACUGUCAAAAGAAUAUGCAUGUAUAGUAAUUAGAAGGCCAUUCCUCCAUGUUUUUCUCCUUUAUCUUACUGUCAUUGUUCUGAUUUUUGGAAAAUUGAUCUAAGUAACAAAUGUUGCAUGUGGCUUACUCUGGAUAUUUAAGCCCUUCUGCACAUCUAAAGUUAGAUGAGUUGGUUAACUGAGGGAACAUCUGGGUUGUCUGUUUUUAAAAAAGUAGCUUUCUUUAGGAGACUUAGGUAUGACUAGUGUAACAAGUUACAUAAAGUAAGUUAGGGUUUACCAUGCAUUAGCAAUUCCUUAAAGUGACAUGCUGGCUCUAGUUCUCCAGUACAUAAAGGUGUUUAUUCCACUUUCUGUGAUGGAGGAUGAAGACUCUUGCAGCUAACUGCAGGAUAAAACCAUGUGAAUAGUAUAUAUACAUGUAGCUAAUGCACUGUAAAAAAAUCAUUCUCCUAGCUUACUUCACAGUAACUUGUUUGUGGCCAUACCUGUAACAUGUUGUUGAAAUGUGGAGUCUUAACGUUGUGGACGAUUGACAGUCAACAAUAUGAAACUUAAGUUGCACUAAUGCAAAACGGGUGAUUUAUCCAGGUACUCGUACACAAGUUUUUUUUGUACUGCUGGUCCUGUACCAGAAAACAUUUUUCUCCUCUUGUUACUAUGCUUUUUAAACUUUGUUUAGCCACUUAUUUUCAAAAGAAUCUGCUUAUGGCACGAUUUGCCUCAAAUCCAUUCCAAGUUGUAUAUUUGUUUUCCAAUAAAAAAAUUACAAUUUA